AACCCCCUGCUCCAUCUCUUGUGCGUAGUGCGCAUGUGCUGUAAAUGAAAGCAAUUGUUAAAGCGGUUGUCUGCUAUCUGAAAUAUUGACAUUUUUUAAGUGCAAUUGAUGCAAAGCGCGUCUUUUUAUUUUUGUGUGUUUUUCUUACUUUUCUUGCUAUCGGGACAUAUCUCUCACACAUUUGCAUGAAUCUAUUGUGAAUUUAGCACGUAAUAAGAAAGAGUAUGAAGGGUUCUUUCCUUUAUUUUUUAAUAUUUUUUUAGUGAAGAAAUCAUGCUUUAAAAUCUGCUGGAAUUUGAUGUCUCACGUCACUUUUUGCAUUUAAAUAAUAUCUUGUAUGUGAUAGCCAGGAAUGUUUCUUAUAAAAUUAAUAAAUUGAAUUUUCGUGAUUAUGUUUUCUCUACUUCAACAUUUUCAACAAAUGCAUUUUCACAUAAAAUGAUAAAUACUGAAUUGUCAUCAUUUGAAAAAACAAUUAAUUUUUUUAUAUAAAAAUCAAAUAUUUCUGUUUGUUUUAUUGUGCAAAGAAGUAAAGUCAAUCUUAAAUCCACUUUUCCAAAUCUUUUAAAAUCCAUUGAAUGUUUGGUUUGUAGUAUCUUCUUUGUUAAUUUAACAUUAUGGCUCAAGUUUUGCUUGAUCAAAAGGAUAAUCAGCUCAGACUGAAGCGAGGUCUUUAUGAAAUGGCAAAAAAGUUAUUGAAUUCUGAUCUAGAAUCUGAAAAUAAUGCCAAAAAUGCUUCAAGCAGAUUGCGUCGAAGAAAAGCAAAGUCUAAAACUAAAGAUAUUGAUGUUCCAACAUUAGAUGAUAUACAAUUAACUCCUGGUUUUUCUAUACAAGAUGUAGACAACCUUGAUUUGGAUGAUAGUGAGUCUUGUGAUGAUCCAAGUUUUGCAAAUAUUUCAUCUGUUGAUUCUAAUCAGCCAUCUCAGAAUAAGAGUAAAGGUUUCACAUGCGUCAUUUGUGAGCAUGUAGCAUCUAGUUCUCAACGACUGAAGGAACAUCUUAGUCGUCAUACAGGAGACAAGCAUCUUCAAUGUGAAAUAUGCGGUAAAAAGUUUGCUUGGCGUUAUUCGCUCAGAAGUCACAUGGUCUCUCAUAGAGAGGACAAUCCUAACAAAUGCAAUAUUUGUGGCAAAAAAUAUUGUAAUAAGUCUUCAGUAAAAAAUCACAUGUUAAGAGUUCAUGGCAAUCCGAAAAAGGAUUUCAAAUGUGAUAAAUGUGGCAAAGAAUUUGUUACUAAACCGGAAUUAAAAAGACAUAGUUAUAAUCAUACAAAAGAAAAACCGUUUGUGUGUGAAUACUGUGGAAAUAGCUACCGAUUUAAAGCAGCAUUACUUGUCCACUACAGAAUUCAUUCUGGAGAGAAACCAUACAAAUGUAACUUUUGUGAUAAAGCAUUUAUACAUUUGUCAUCUGCAAUCGGGCAUCGACGAAGACAUACUGGAGAAAUGCCUUUUCAGUGCAAUAAAUGUGGUAAAUUCUUUCGCGUUAAACGUGCCAUGACAGCCCACAUGUCUGUACAUAGUGAAAACAAGCCAUUUAAAUGUGAUAAAUGUGGAAAGGCUUUUAAAUCAAGAAGUGGAUAUCGGGUUCACAUUGAUUUUCAUCUCGGAGUUAAAAGGCACAAAUGUAAGUAUUGUGAAAAAACGUUUCGCGCUUGGUGUAAUAUGCAUAAACACAUGAAAAGACAUUUAAAUGAAAAACUGCAAAAAUGCGAUCCAUGUGAUAAAAACUUUAUGGAAAAGCAAGAACUAAAAAGUCAUUAUGAGAUCGAUAAAAAAUGUGAAAAGAUUGAUGAAAAUCAAGAUGCUGUUAUUCAUAACUGCCCACAAAUAAUACCUUCUACUAGUUUAACAUGUUCUGCUACAAACAUUGAAACUCAUCCUCAAUUUAAUGAGACUCAUCCUACAGACGAAAUGCUUCCAACUCAUAUUGAUAUGUCUGAUAAUCAGGCUGUUAUGUAUGACUGUAGUCUUCCCAGUUCUAUAGAUAAAUGCCAAGAUAAAUGUCAACUUCUUCAAGAUAGUUAUGUAUCUCAGUUUUUAUAUCCUCAACAUUCAAACGUGCAAUAUUCUCAACCUGUGCCUAUGCUUAAUAUGUAUGCCACUGAACCUAGCCCAAUGCCUAAUAGAUCUGGGUGCCUUUCCAAUAUGAAUAAUACAAAUUUUAAUUGCAUGUCUUUAAAUAAUCAAAAUUAUAAUAUUUUCUCAUAUAACUUGUCUAAUUCUGAUGAAAUCUUAUCUAAAUGUAAAUUAUGCCGAAGUAUUUUUAAUUCUACGAUGGUUUUAAGAAGUCAUCUUUUAGAAUACCACAGAAUUGAAGAAGAAAAUAUUGAUGCACUCAUAGCUUGAGUUUUUUAAUGCUAUAGUGUAAUUUUUAAAAUUUAUUUUGAAAACUGACUCAAUUUUUUGAAAUAUUCCAGUCACUUUUAUUUGACUUGGUUUUUUAUUGAACUUCGAUCAAAUUCAGGUAUAUAAAACCAAUAAUUCAACAGAUCAUUGCUUAGAUACUUUAUCAACUAAAUCUUAUUUGAAACUUUUUGCUUCACCAUGUCUUAUUAUCUAUGUUCACUUGUUAAUUUUCUGGAGAAUGAAAAUAGUGAACUUGGGAGUACUGCAAAUAAUUAUAUCAGUUACAAUUUUUAAUAAAUAAAUAAUUAUUUGUCACAAAACCUUCAUUAAAACUCAAAUGCUUCAAAGCAUACAUAGGCAAAAUUUGAAGAAAUUCUUUUUAAUAGUUUGGAUAUCUGAAUCAUAUAAAUUGUUUAUGCACUUAUUUUUUUUCCCUAUAGAUUUACUCUUCUUGGAAUAAUAAAGCUGUGUUUUCUCAUUUUGUUUUUAAUGAUUUGAAUAAAUUUGUAAAAGUAGAAUUCCUUUUUUAAUAUUUCAGGAAGUGAAGAUGUAGAAUCUUAAGAUAUCACUGUCACAGUUGGCUAUAACCAAUAGCAAAUCAAUAUUCUCUUGUAUUAUACAUUUAAGUGGCAUUAUGUACAUUAAGCUGUUUGAUUCUGGAGAUAACCUGCUCUUUUUUGUAGAUCUUUACUGUCUAAUGAAAUGUUCAUGCCUGCAACAUUUAUAAGUUUUGUAUAGCUUCUGCAACUUUCUUUCCCCAAUAAAGUUAACUAUUCAGUUAACUUUGCUCAUGCUAUUUAAACCCAUCUACAGUCUUAAUUCAAAGUGAAUUGCAGGGGCAGCUUUUUUAAUCAGUUUUUACUAAAAUCUGGUUUCUAAAUAUUCUGUUUGGUUGCCCAUGAUAAAAAUGUAUCCCCAUUAAUAAA